AGUGAAGUGCAUGCAUAAUGAGUGGCAGUGACGCUUCAACUAAAGACAACUGUUUUGGCAACUGCGUAAUUCUAGCGCCAAUGGUGCGUAUUUCUAAACUCCCUAUGAGGCUACUGGCUCUAGACUACGGCGCCGACUUUGUUUUCACUGAGGAGAUUAUCGAUCGACGUCUGAUGAGUUGCUCAGUGACGCGAAACGAGGCGCUGAGCUGCUUUGAUUUUCGGGAACCAGAUCACACGCUGGUGCUUAGAAUCCACGACAGGGAAAAGGACAAAUUGCUUGUGCAAAUCGGAACUGCUAGUUCGGAAAACGCGCUUAAAGCGGCGAAGAUUGUGGAAAAUUAUUGCUUCGGAGUUGACAUAAAUAUGGGUUGUCCGAAGUCUUUUUCAACGACAGGAGGCAUGGGUGCUGCUCUGUUGAAAAAACCUCAAAUAGUUGAACAAAUUUUGACAACUCUUGUUAAGAACUGCAGCGUGAAAAUAACGUGUAAAAUCAGAUUGAUUCCUAAUUUGGAAGAUGGCUUGCAGUUUAUGAGGAUGAUCGAAAGCUGCGGCGUGAAUGCUGUGACUGUUCACGGAAGAUUUCAGUCGGAAAGACCGAAAGAUCAGGUUCAUUUAGAUUUGAUUAAGUUAUACGCAGCUGAAGUUAAGAUACCUGUUAUUGCAAAUGGGUUAGCCGGAACUAGAGAGAGCUUAGGCGAGUUUUUAACACUUGAGAAAGUGAAAAAUGAAACUGGGUGCGACUCUUUAAUGGUUGCUAGAAAUGCAAUGUGGAACUGCUCAGUGUUCAAGAUAAUACGGAAACUGAAAAACUUACAAUCCGAACAUUUUUCUGUAUCUACUGUUGAUGAGAAAACACAAGUGGCAAAGAAGUUGUUAAAAUAUUGCGUCACGUUUGAUUUCCCAGUGCAGUAUUUCAAAUACGCUGUUCAAAACUCAAUAGGAGAUCACCCGAUUGUCGACAAAGUUCGAAACACGACUUUAAUGUCUGAAGUGUGCGCUCAGUUUGACCUUGAAGAGUUUUACAGAUCUGAACUCCUGAAGAUUUCACUAACAAUGGAGUCACCUCUUCAGAAAAAGCCAAAGUUAGAACCCAAUGGAAUUGAAGAUGAUCGAAACGUCAUAAUGUUCUCGUACCCAUUUGAGUAUAAUAAGUACAGGAAGGUUAUAACAGUUCCUCCGAAAACACUUUUAUCUGAGUUUUUCAACAAACCAUUGUUUAAGAAUUGUGAAGUGAAACCGCGAUUUGAGACGACUCCUUUUCAAGACUCUCGUUGGAAAUGUGUUUGUUACUUGAGCGAAAGAAGGGCCUUUUUGUCGACAUAUUGUGAACGGAAUAAGAAACACGCCGAGCAAGGCGCUGCGGCAGUGGCUUUAAUUGGCAUGGGCAUGAUGGACCAUAGACUGGACAUGAUCUACAGAAAUGAGCCCACACUCUCGCACCUGAUGACGCGACCUCACUUUUCUUUGAAAGGCGAUUCAGAUCAAGCAACUGAACUGAGUAGUUUCAGGUAUGAAGAUCAAAUUGACCUGAAGACUCGGCUGACUGUUCAUGACAGCGUAUUGGAGUGGUUCGCUUAAGUGACAUUCAAGAGAAUUAUGGACAAGAAACCACCGAGUGCAAUGUACGUUCUAAUACCUCGCCGAAGAUAUAAAAGAAGGAAUUACUGGCCCUAACCAGAAGAUUUGAAGUUAAUGACAGGGUUCGCUUGGCGAAAGUAGACCAUGAAUUUCGAGAAUAAUGAUUUGAAGUUGCGUUUCAUAAAGGCACCUCAGUUUUCUGUUUUCUGAUGAAUUUUCCCAAUUUGUCCGAGUAGAUAUGUGAUCUAAUCGAGCUUGACAUAUUUAUGGAGAUGAACAUGAAAGCUAAUCGCACGAUGUGUUCUGAGCUUUGAAGUCGUGGGAGAAAAUGAACUAGAAGCCUUUCAAGUUUCCAUCGAAUUUUGUAAUAGAUGAUGCACCCUUGGCAAAAUAUUAUGCACCCUUUGAGUUAAAUCAACUAUUGGUGCUUGCAUAAGUUCUACUCAUCUGAUCUGUGAAUGUGUGUUGAUUUUAUUAGUUUUGUUCUACGAGAACUAAUCAGCUAUUCGAACAUGUCUAAAUUAUGAAGCCGCCUCUUUUUCUUAUGAUGAGUGUUGUCUUUUAGGUCUCCAUUUAGUUGGAGCUUCGGCUCCUUCCAGUUUUUCC